AUGGUUAGUCGUCGAGCUCUCUUGAGCCUCCUGGCCCUUGCCACGUCCACCGAGGCCUGGGGAGCCCCUGGAUACGGCGGGUUCACUCUCCGAUGGCAAGACUCGUUCGCCGGAGGUGGCGGAAGCAGUCCCAACCCGGGCAACUGGAACCUCAUCGACGGCUACAUGAACGUCAACAACGAGCUCCAGCGCUACUCGUCGAGCACACGCACCGUCCAGCUCAGCGGCGGCAACACGGUCCAGCUUGUCCCCUGGCGAGACGGAUCAACGCGGAUGGGGUGGUCGUCGGGCCGCAUGGAGAGCAAAUACGUCUUCACGCCGGACGCAGGCAGAGUCACCCGGGUCGAGGCGACCCUUCGGUUCGGCAACGCCGCCCAGGGCGCAAAGCAGGGCAUCUGGCCGGCCUUCUGGCUGCUCGGCGACUCUAUCCGCCACGGGGUACAGUGGCCUACCGGCGGAGAGCUCGACAUCAUGGAGCGAGUAAACGGCCUCUUCACCGGCUACGGCACCGUCCACUGCGGCUACUCGGCGAACGGGGGUUCGUGCAACGAGCCCACGGGCAUCGGCGGCGCCGUUGCCCUUCCCGACGACGGAUGGCACGUCUGGCGCCUGGAGUUUGAUCGUCGCAGCUCUGACUGGGCGCAGCAGACCAUCACCUGGUUCCUCGAUGGCCGGCAGUUCCACCAGAUCAGCGGCUCUCGAAUCGGCGACUACAACCUAUGGGUCGCCCUGUGCCAGAAACCGCAGUACUUUCUUCUGAAUGUUGCUGUCGGCGGCAACUGGCCCGGUCCUCCCAACGGCAACACCCAGGACGGAUAUGGCAGCAUGUUGGAGGUCGCAUACGUCGCUCACUACAGCACCUAG